AUGGCGGCGAAAUUCGCGACUCACUCCCCUGCUCUUCGCCUCGCGCUCCUCCUGCUUCUCGUCUCCGGCGCGCUUCGACCGGCCGAAUCGGAGUCGAUCGCCGGCCCGAAGAAGCGCGUAUCUCUAACACGCCCCGCGCACGCACAGCUGAUGCAGCGCCGACAGCAGCACCAGCCGCGACGGCACCAGCGGCAGCACCACCACCAGCCCGCCUCCACCUCCGUCCUUCGCGGCGGCUUCGGUGGCGGCGCGACCGUUUCAGCCGUCGGCUUUCCCGUCGUCCGAUCCUCCGUCACUGACGGCGCCUCCCACGCCGCCACCGCCGCCGCCGCUGCCGUCAUCCCGGCUGCAAGCGCGCCACCAAUCAAGUACCACGGAGGGCCGGUGAUCGUGGGAAAUCCGACGGUGAACGUUUACCACAUCUACUACGGCAGCUGGGGGUCGGGGUCGGGCAGGGAGAUCAUAGACACGUUCGUGCAGGCGCUGAGCAGCGACUCGGGCAGCCAAGGCAGCGCGGCGGACGCGAGUGUGAAGGGGUGGUGGGCGACAACUGCUGCUUAUUACCAGUCUGGCUCUGGGGGGAAGAAGAACGUGAGCUCCAAGGUGAGAGAUGGAGUCGUGAAGAGCAAGGCCGGUGCGGGCAAGCCAUGGGCGCUGGACCCCCACGGAAUCUACGUGCUGCUCACCAGUGCCGAUGUCACGCUCUCAGGCUUCUGCUCAGAGUACUGCGGCUGGCACACUGAAGACUCCCUCAACUCCUCGCCUCUUCGCUACGCCUUUGUGGGGCACCAUGGACAGUGCCCCGACGCGUGCGGGGUAGAGAGCACGUCACCCAACGGGAAGCCGGGUAUUGACGCUACUAUCUCCACGCUCGUGCAUGAGCUCACAGAAGCUGCCACCGACCCGGAUGUGAAUGCGGGGUGGUUUGGCGACGACGGCGAGGAGAACGCAGACAAGUGCUCGUGGGAGUAUGGCAACACUAAGACUGGUUACCAGCAGAACGGGCACAGCUACGAGUACAAUGUGGUGGGGCUGAAUGGGAUGAAGUUCCUGGUGCAGCUCAACUGGGACCGCGUGAAGAGCAAGUGCGUCCUGCAGAACGCCCUGCCUAGUGCUGGUGGUGGCGGGGGGGGAACUCCACCUCCACCUCCGCCGACUGGAGGCAGCGUGAAGAUGAGGUGCGAUUGCAACUGUGCCAGUGGCAGCAACCCCAUGAGCUGCCAGUGCUCCUGCACCAAGACAGGGUGA